AUGGAAUUAAACUUGCCAGCGGGCUUCCCAAAGCCUGUGGCGUUGCAGGAGGUUCCAAAGGGACAUAGCAACUAUACCUGGGAGGACAUAAAAUGCAUGCUUGUUUUACUGGCGCUGUACACGGUGCAGGGAAUACCGCUAGGGCUGCGCACCGCGCUUCCGCUCAUCAUUUAUGACAGAGUGUCGUAUUCCCAGAUGGCAUAUCUCUCAUGCACAGCACUGCCAUUCUGUCUAAAGUUGAUGUGGGCACCCGUAGUAGACGUAUUGUACUGGAGACGCUUGGGAAAACGGAAAACGUGGAUUAUCCCUAUUCAGAUCAUCUGCGCGGUACUCCUUCUCUACGGAGGUUUUAACAAUAAAAUGGAUCGAUGGGUGGGGCAAUAUGGAGAGCCUGUGGACAUUUUCGCACUCACCGUCUACUUCACGGUGCUGUACAUGCUCAUGGCAACGCAGGAUAUCGUGGUAGAUGCGUGGGCACUCACGAUACUUAGGCCCGAAAUGCGAAUGCACACGUCGACCUGCAACACCGCAGGACAGGCCAUUGGCAUCAACAUCGCGUAUAUGGGAUUUACAACUCUCAAUAGCAGGGAAAUGCGAGUCUAUGUUGAUCGUGUGUGGGGAUGGAUCGGAUGGUUCUUUGGCGUCAGAAGCACAGAUCUCAUUUACGAGGAUGAAAUGGAGUUGCAACCAUUCGUCUCACUCUCCGGAGUCACAUGGAUUUUCGGUUUAAUAACUAUCAUAAUCACAAUAAUGAUGUUGAAACCAGCAAAAAUGCUCGCAAUCGCCCUACUGACUUGCAAUUUCUUCUUUGUAGUGGAAAAUCCGGCAGAACUACAAAUUCUUGAAAAGGGAAUUCAUAGGGACGUUUUCGCUGCGGUCACACUUCUGUUCGUGCCCAUACAAAUCAUAUUCCCGCCAUUUGUAAGUCACGGCAAGUUAACCACCAUAUCAUUCAAGGUGACAAUGGGCAUGCACCAUUCGAGCGCGUCGGACAUUCUGUGCAAGGGACUCAAAAUACGACUGGUCACCGUAGUGCUUUACACAGGCCUGGUAACCGUUACGGGGAGUUUCUACGCGAAGGAGUCACACAGUGCAUUCACAAGUGCACUUUUUUACACCUGCUUUUUCUCCAUAUCCGUUUUCAGGAAGGUUUGCGAGCUCGUUGUUGUAGUCUCAUUUAAUGGUCUGUUUGCUCGAGUGGCAGACCCUUCCGUUGGAGGGACCUACAUGACGCUUCUGAACACCCUCUCGAACGUGGGAGAAAUACUACCCAAGAUGAUAGGACUUUGGAUGAUUGACGUAUUCAGCAAAGCAUACGGGGACGGAACUGACGGUUUGUACUUGGAAACGCUGCUCUGCGCACUAGGCGGGGUCGCAUUCCUCCCUAAGUUUAGGAGCAUACUCACGCGCAUUGAGUCGUUCGAACUCAGUGAGUGGUAUCUGAACAAGUUCGCAGAUGAAUAA